CUCACUCCUCCUGAUUUCACCUGACCCUCUAAAUCCAAUUAGAGCAGCCUGAAUGCCCUCCGUAUCCCCACCUCACCCUCUCUCUCUCACUCUCUCACUCACUCACUCACUCUCUCUCUCUCUCUCUCGCUCUCUUUCAUUCUCGCUCUGUCAGAUUCGCUUUUCUUCUUUUUCAGUCUGCUUUGCUAGGACCAGAUCCAAUCUGUAAACACAUUUUCACUAUUCUCUCGUUCUCGCUACCCGUCAUUCGUAAGGAACCUCGUAAGGAGUUUUUUUCCCCCCUAUUUCUUUUUGCGCUUUUUAUCCUUCACCUCCCCCUCCUGAGCCGCCACCGCCCUCGUGACCAGGAAAAACAAGGACAAAGCGUUUGCUCCUUGCUUGCAUUUUUUUUUUUCUCCUGUGGAUGAGAAAUGACGGACAUGCUGGAUCUUGGCCAGAUCGGCUGUACAAUGACCAACGUGGAGCAUGAUAUCGAGACCCUCCACGGUGUUCUCCAUGUCACCUUGAGAGGAACACCAAAAGGCAACCGGCCCAUCAUCCUUACAUUCCAUGACAUUGGCCUUAACCAUAAGUCAUGCUUCAACACUCUCUUUAACUUUGAGGACAUGCAGGAGAUCACGCAGCAUUUUGCCGUGGCCCAUGUGGAUGCUCCAGGCCAGCAGGAGAAUGCAGCACCUUUCCCUACUGGGUAUCAAUACCCUACAAUGGAUCAGCUGGCCGAGAUGUUGCCCUCAGUCCUGUCCCACUUAAAGAUCAAUAGCGUGAUUGGCAUUGGUGUUGGUGCUGGAGCCUACAUUCUCACCAGACUGGCACUAAAUCACCCAACACUGGUUGAGGGUUUGGUUCUUAUUAAUGUGGACCCCUGUGCAAAAGGAUGGAUGGACUGGGCUGCUUCAAAGUUGACGGGAUGGACCAGCAACCUGGUAGACAUAGUGAUGAGCCAUCAUUUCAGCACAGAUGAGCUGACAGAAAACCAGGAGAUCAUUCAGACAUAUCGUCUGCACAUCGCUCAGGACAUGAACCAGGACAACCUGGCACUGUUCUGUAACUCUUACAACAGCCGUCGAGAUCUGGAAAUUGAAAGGCCAAUCGUGGGGCUUAAUGAGGAAACCGUCAACACUCUGAAGUGUCCUGCAUUGCUAGUUGUGGGUGAUACAUCGCCAGCUGUGGAGGCAGUUGUUGAAUGUAACUCGAGGUUAAACCCUACAAAGACCACCUUUCUGAAGAUGGCAGAUUGUGGUGGGCUUCCCCAAGUUGUACAACCUGGUAAACUUGCCGAGGCCUUCAAGUACUUUGUCCAGGGCAUGGGUUACAUCCCCCAUGUGCUCCUCAGCCAUCUGAACAGCGAAGCAGUGCCCACUGCCGGCAUGACGCGCUUGGCACGCUCUCGUACCCACUCAGCGUCCAGCAUGAACUCCGUGGAAGGUGCACGUAGCCGCACUCACAAUAACUCUCAGCAGGAGGGUGCUGCUGCCAGCCCAGGUCACGAGAACCAUGCCAGACCACAAACUAUGGAGGUGUCCUGCUAAAUCUGUUAAAUCUGCUUUUAAUUGUUCUUAUUACACCACAUUCUCUCACAUAUUUCAUCAUUCAUAAUUUUAAAACCAGGCUUCUGGUAUAAUGAAACAAUGCAAUUUAUGACUACUGAAAUGAAUUCACACUCUGUAUACACCUGUUGUUUUUUUUAUUUUUUUUAUUUAAGUCUUAAUCAGUUCCUGAUAUGCAAGGAAGACUGAUGUCUCUUUGGAUAGAAGUGGUCAUGUUCAGAAGGCACUUGUUCCUGAGAAGAAUACAUCUCCCUAUCUCAUUUUCAAAUUAUAGUGAAGACCAAACCACAUUUCGCAUCCCUCCCUACAUCUGCUCGUUCCAUCUGGUUAUCACCCCCACACCACUGACUUGUUUUUUUUUUUUUUUGUUAUUCUGUUCACAGCAGCUUUGUAUUCUUCUGUCAAUAUUCUGUGCUUUGUGAAAAAAUCAGUCUCUAGAAUGCAGACUAGUUGUUUAACUUGUUUUUCUGUACAUUCUCGCACAAAAAAAAAUCUACUGAUAAGCAUGUCCGUUUUAAUGUAACUAAAUGGAAGUGUAUAUUGGAAAUUGUUUUUCUGUUCAGAUUUCUGAAAAUACUGUAGACAUAAACAACCCUUGGGGUAACUUUGCACUCUAGCAGAAAUGUACUGAUAUAUUUAGACCAGAACCCAAAUUUUUCUGGCAGAGCUGCAUUGUAGUAAACCGAGUUCUCGGUAGAACCCAUUUAGAAACUCGGACAUGGCCAGAACAGCUAACUUUACAUACACAGUUUUCUCUGUAGCCUCUUCAGAGAGGAAAACAGAGACAUGGUCACGUAUUAGAAUCUCACAGUAGUUAUAGAAUUUUCAAUCAUUUAAACUCCCUGCAAACACAAAUACUGACAAAGGGGUUUGGUUUGAACGUACUCCACAACUCCUGUACAAUGGAUAGAUGUUCCAGUUUACUUGAACUGUACUGAAUACUUCCUCUAUUAGAUUUUGUAGCUAUAUUAUUAUGACUAUUAAUAUAAAUACUAUUGCUAUAAUCCUUGGAUGUGUAUUCAUUAUCGCUCUAUGAUUGUACCGCCUUGAGUGAGCUUGCGACAUCAAGCUUUGUCCUCCAAUCAUACAGGGGGCGCUGUACUUCUGCUGAGUGUGGUGAUUUGUACUAAUUAAUAAAGUUAACGGUUCUACAUAAAA